AUGACCUCAGUUUACAGUUUACGCGAUAUUUUCGAUUUUCCUGAGUCUGAUGACAAUGUUAAUAAGUCAUUGAAAACUAAAACUAAUAGUAAUAAUAAUAGUAAUAGUAGAAGAAGAAAAUCCAAUAAACUUUCCUCAAAAAAUAAAUCACCUACAAAACAACAACAAUUUAACAAACCCUUUUUAUCUAAAGCUCCUAAAACAACUACAACUAUGUCAACAACAAAAUGCGUUUCUUCCCCCUUAUCCAUUUUUCCUUAUUAUCAAGAAGAAAAAAUUGAUACCGUUAAUGUAGUAAGCACCACCACCACAUCACAAAGUUUAUCGCCAUCAUCACCUGGUUCUCAUAAUAAUUCAAUCUUGGAUUUAAAUUUAAAAUGCGAUCUUGAUUUAUCGUUACCACCAUCAUCAUCACUUGGGUUGUCCUCAACGAAAGCUAUGAUUAUCACCAGUAGCAAUGUUGUAAUUAGUGGAUUAAAAACUUAUGGCCAAGGACGUACUAUAUUAGAAGCAAAAACUUCACAUGUUCUUCGUGAAGUGGGCGAAAAUUCUAGAUUCACGGAUGAAAUGAAUUAUAUUCUUGAUGGUUUACGAUCAAGCCAACCAUUGAAUGUGCGCAGAACUAGUGGUAUGGAAUUAGCACAAAAAUUAUUAAAUAAGGAGUUUCUUCUUAAAAUCCGUGCUCACAAUUACAUCCCAAAAAUCUAUUCAAAUCUAAUUGCGCACAAAGAUACUGAUAAACAUAACUCGGAGUCUUUGUUACUUGAACAUGGUUUAUUAGAAAUGAUUAUAAACUCAAUUGACGUUUCGUAUGACCCUUUUAUUGAUAAUAAUAAUCGUUCGUUAGAAAAAUAUGAAAAGAAGCUGGUCAAUGAUCUAAGAGAUAUUAUCUUUCAAUCAAAUAUUUUCACAGAUAAAUCACAGAUCUCACUUAAAGCAAUAGCACUUCGAACUCUAUCAUCAAUCACUUCAUCUAGAACACGUAAUGAAUCACUAAUAAAAAGGAAAUUAAGGGCUUCUGGAGGAUUAUCGUUGGUUAUAAAUGCUUUGAAAUUAGAGUUUGAAUUAGUUAGUGUCUUAUUGAUCAAUAUCAAAAAGAAUAAGCCUUCUACAUCAAAGAUUAAAUUGAAUUUUAGGCAAAUAAUUCAUUGUUUGAAAAUCCUAGAGAAUGCAACUUUAUUUUGUACCGAAAACCAAAUGCAUAUUGUUGAAGAAAAUAAAGAAUUUUUGAAGAUGCUUUUAGAAUUUUUGUUGUAUUGUCAUGUAGAAGCUUUUAAUAUAAAUUCACAAGUAUUAUCAUCAGCCAUGGAAUGUUUACUUGGUAGUCUUCGAGUAUUAAUUAAUCUUACAAAUGAUAAUCAAUCAUGUUGUCAAUAUAUUGGAGGAUUUGAUGGAAUUUCAAUUUUGAUGAGAUUAGCCAUUAUAAAUAGCGAGAAAUUAGUUGAUAAUUUUGAUGUAUUGUUACUCAGUAUUGGCUUGCUUAUUAAUUUGGUUGAAAUGGAUCCUAACAAUCAAAAUGUAUUCAGUAAAGUUGAACAAAAUCCACAAUGUUCCGGAUCUUAUAAAUGUCUUCGUACUUGUAAAUGUUUCGCCAGAGAAUCAGCAUUAACAUACUGA